UGAUUAGAAACUAACUUCAGUGUCAACCGGCUCAAUUUGUCAGCUGUCAAAAAAAAUCUAUUUAUAAACGUCAACAAGUUCUUGGCAGUGUUUUUACAAAUUUCAAUCAUCACCAUUAAUCAAUCGGUUGUUAAUUUAUACGCCGUAAUAGGAAGAAAUUAAGUGUUACGUACACAUUUCCCGUUACAAUUAAUCCUAAAAGUCGGGAAAAUUUAAAAAUGCCACCUGUGGACAGCACCCCUGAUAUAAACACCGCUAAUUUCGAAUUGGUUUAUUCCUUACAAGCGUUUAAUAAAGUUCCUGUUUAUGAGUAUAAAUCAAAAAGGACCGGUCUUACGAUUGUUCUAUCUGAAGUUGAUGGACCUGUAGUUAAUGGAUUUUUCUGUUUAGCGACCGAAGCUCACGAUGAUGAUGGAUUACCACAUACUUUGGAACAUUUAAUAUUUUUGGGCAGUGAAGAUUAUCCAUAUAAGGGUGUAUUAGAUUUAUUAGCAAACCGUUGUUUAGCCUCUGGAACAAAUGCAUGGACUGAUAUAGAUCACACAUGUUAUACUAUGGAAACGGCUGGAAGUGAAGGAUUUUUAAUGUUAAUGCCGAUAUUUUUGGACCAUAUUUUAUACCCAAUAUUAUCUGAUGAAGGAUUUAUAACAGAAGUACAUCACAUAACCGGUGAAGGCGAUGAUGGAGGAGUUGUUUAUUGUGAAAUGCAGGGUCGAGAAAAUUCGGCCGAAAGCCGUUUGCAUUUGGCGAUGGCUCGGGCGAUUUAUCCAGGAAAAUGUGGAUAUUCAUCAGAAACUGGUGGAAUUUUAAAAAAUUUAAGAGAAAGUUGUAAUAAUGCCAAAGUUAGAAAUUAUCAUAAAGAAUUUUAUCGACCGGAAAACCUUAGAAUUAUCAUCACAGGAAAAGUUAAAGCUCAAGAUGUUUUUAAUUCUUUAGAAAAACUCGAAGAAAAAAUUCUUUCUAAAGGCGAAAGAAGCUCUUUUACUCGUCCUUGGCAAACUCCAGUUCCCCCAUUGGAAUCAUCCCAAGAUAUAACAUUAAAAUAUCCCUCAGAUGAUGAAUGUAAUGGGAUAUUUAGCGCUGCUUGGAGAGGGCCAUCUUCAGUUAAUGAACAAUACACUCUUAAUGCAUCAUCUGUCUUAUUAAAAUACAUGACUGACUUUGCUGUUUCUACAUUACAAAAAGAAUUUGUUGAAAUUCCAGAUCCUUAUGCCAGCAAAGUUGUUUACAGUUUAACUGAAAAUUCUGAAACUUGCCUUUAUUUAAUUUUUGAAAACGUUCCUUGCGAUAAAUUACCAAAUAUAAAACCAAAAUUAGUUGAAAUUUUUAACAAUAUCUAUAAAAAUGACGAUAUUGAUAUGGAACGAAUGAAAAAUAUUAUAAAUAGGCAAAAGUUGGAAUCUUUAAGCAACAUGGAAAAUAAUCCUCAUCAUGCUAUUGCUUUUAUGGUGAUUGGUCAAAUGCUUUAUGGAAAUACUAAGAAAGAUCUUGAACAAAGAUUAAAUCCAUUAGAAGACCUUGAUAAAAUGUUAACUGAACCAAAAUCUUAUUGGUUAUCACUUUUAAAACGUUAUUUAAUCGAUAACCAUGUUAUUACAAUACAAGGUUAUCCAAGUCAAAGUGAACAAGCAUCCAUGGCUGCUCAAGAAAAAGCAAGAAUUGAGGAACAGAUUAAAAAUUUGGGUGAAAAAGGAUUAGAGGAAAAAGAAAAAGAACUCAACGACGCGAUCGCAUUUAAUGAAAAACCCGCUCCUGAAUCGAUGUUAACACAAGUCAAUGUCCCUUCCAUAAAUUCCAUAUUUUUCCAUGAUAUUGUUCGGUAUAGUUCUGAUGAAAAAUCGCCCGAAAUCGAUUUAACCCAAACAGAUAUUUUUACUUACUUUGAUAAUGUAAAAACAGACUUUGUUUAUAUUUUUGCUUUAUUGGAUACUUCAAAACUAAAACCCGAACAAAAACUUUAUCUAUCGCUUUUAUUGGAAGCUUUCUUCGAAACUCCUAUUGAAAGAGAAAAUAAAUUAAUUUCUUACGAAGAUGUAGUGACUGAAUUAAACAGCGAUACUGUCUCAUCCAGCGGAAGCAUCGGAUUGACUUCAUCUGGCAUAAGCCGGUUUAGGUGCGGAAUGUAUUCGACGACUGCUACGGUUAUGUUACAAGUAGAAAAAGGGAAAUAUGCCAAAGGAAUGGAAUGGUUAAAAGAGAUAUUAUAUAAAACCGUUUUUACCUCUGAAAGAUUAAAAAUAAUAGCCACAAAAAUUGUUAAUGAUGUUGCCCAAGCUAAAAGAAGCGGAAAAAAUGUUGUUUCUUAUAUUAUGAGGGGAUUAUGUUAUGUACAAGAUAGUAACCAACAAGCAACUGGAAUUUUGAGGCAACACAAAUUCCUAUCAAAUCUUCUAAAAUUACUCGAUUCUGAUCAAUCUAAUCAAGUAAUUAAUGAAAUAACUAAAGUAAGAGAUAUAAUAACAAGUCCAGAAAAUGUUGUUUUGUAUUUAGCUGGAAAAAUCGAUCAGAUUGAGGACCCAGUGGGGCCUUUAAUCAAAUUUGUUCCGGAUAAUAUUAAAGCACAACGCUCAAAAAGUUUGAAUGUAACUCCCGAUUACAAAUUAUUAAAUCAUAUGAAUAAUGAAGGAGUAUCCAGCUGUAUAGUUGGCAUGGGAUGUUUAGAAUCUGCAUUUUUCUAUCACACAGCACCUGGUCUUAAUUCAUACAAAGAUGAUGAUUUACCAGCUUUGAUGCUUUACCUACAAUAUUUAAUACAAGCUGAAGGUCCUAUGUGGAGACAAAUUCGUGGAAAAGGUCUUUCUUAUGGAUACACAAUUACCCAAAAAAUUAACGAAGGCUUAUUAUGUUUAAUUUUUUCUAAAGCAACAAACGUCGUCGGGGCUUACAAAGAAACCUACGAAAUUAUCACAAAACAAUUAAAAGAAAAAACUUGGGAUACGACCCAAUUAGAAUCGGCGAAAAGUUCCCUUUUAUUCGAGAUUAUCGAAGAAGAAAAAACGAUUGGAAACGUCGUUUGUUUGUCGUUAAACUCUUAUUUUCAUGGUGUUGAUUAUAAACACAACAGAAAUUUAUUGGCCUUAUUGGAAACUGUGACUAUUGAAGAUUUGAAUCGUGUUGGCGAUAAAUAUGUUUCGUUACUUUUUGAUGAAUCAAAAACUAAAACUGCGGUGGUUUGUGAUCCUGCUAAAGCAGAGGAAAUUCAAGCUGGAUUUAAAAAAUUAAAUUUGGAUUUGAAGGUUUAUUCUUCAUUAGAAGAAAGUUUCUUGAAUUGUUAAAACUGAAAACGUUGAUAAAAGUCUUUUUUGAAUUAAAAUUCUCAGUGAUUCACGUAUUUUAAUCAAAUUAUAUGGAUAAUGUUUAACUAUUAAGACUGCUUUAAUGUCAAUUUUAGAAGAAAUGUUAUCAAAAUAAAUCCGUAUGUUGGUGCA